CCGUUCCUCGUCUGUUUUAUGUUCCGUUCCUCGUCGCCUUUGCUUCCUUCGCACUUCACAAUCAUGUCUGCCUAUUCUAGUGUUCCUGCUCACCCGGCCUUCGUUCCCCUUUUUUUUCUUUGUCUUUUUCUUGUCGCCGUUCGAUCUUUGAUGUAGCAAUUGGGCAGAGGGGAAUUGUUCACGGUUCUUUCAGCAGCAGUGUUUGAUGUUUCUGUUCUUCUUUUUUUUUUCGUCUCUUCCUGAUUAAUUUUCCUCCCAUCUCCUUACCUUCGGCGGUCGUCAGGAUUGUGAUAUGAUUUUUCGGAUUAUUGUGGAAUUAGUGUUCUCAACCAAACAACACAUCCUUGUUUUCGGCGUUUUACGAUUUCAGCUCUCCCUGUUUUGGCAUGGACUGUGUGGUUUGUCCAGAGUCACAGAGUGAGUCAGUGAGACAUGUGUGCCCUUGCAUUUUCAGCUGGGUUCAUGGUUUCACCUCUUGGCAUACAAUGGCCCUUCUCUGAUCUGUUAAAAGAUAAAAAUUUUCAGUGCGAACAGGAGGUUGUAGAGAUUCUCGUUCCACUCCAUUUUCUUCUCGGGCUACUAACAAGAGAAACUGAACAAUGAAUUCCUAAGUGUUUCCUUUCUCUGAAGCAGUUUCGUUUCUCUGAGCCACCAAGAGCCCGUGACCUCUCUAUUCCAAUGUGCAAAGAGACAAAGUUAUUAUUAGCUAUAAAUCAUCGCCAGAAUUUUGGGCUUUACCGCAGUUUUGUAUGUUUCUAUGUUUUUACUUUUGCCAACUACAUAGACAACAGAAUACGACUACUCCAUCCAGGUCCACCUAUUUAUACAGUGUUUGAGGCUUACAAUCGUGCUCUAGUUUUUCACCUAUAUGAUAUCCUUUUGUUGCCUUUCGUGUCUGUCUAUAAUUUAAAGAUAUUAGUGAUGACAUUAUUUGUGCUAAUGCUAAUCUCCCUGAAACAAAAUGUGGCAUUGUACUAGCACUGCUAGUUUUCAAGGCGCUGUCCUCACCCUGCAUCAUCUUACAGUGUCCUAACUGAAUUUAGUUUAGUUGUCGAGUCCGUUUACUGCGACCAUCAUUAUGCAAGUAGCAGAAGGUAGGCCCCUUCAUCUCUUGCUGGGCCAAGGAUGAUAUUCUUCACUUUCAUGCUUCCUCACUCUUCUUUUAGGAGAAAAAAGAAUUUGGUUGCUACCGAACAAAUGUGUAUUGCAGUGUAGGACAUGUUGCAGUGGGGCAUUUCAUUUGCAAAGGACCAUCUUUUCUUUUGAUGUCUUGUAGCUUUUAUUCCACUUUUGGGAAUGAUAGUUUCAGGGCCUGAUAAGUGGUCAAGUAGAUGGAAAUCAUCUUCUCAUGGUUUCUUGGACUUGCACAUGGAUAACCUGUGCUUGAAUUCCCUGUUGAUACAUGUAGAUUGCGGACUUCUGGUCUAGGUCAUCUCCCCAUUCAUUGGCUUCAGCAGCAGUACUCUUGCUGGCAACAAGAAACCUUUCUACAGUUUUAGUGUUGUUUCUCCUCACGCUCAAAGCUCAGAGAUUAUGAUACAAGCAUGACUGGUCCUUGAGCACUAUACAAGGCUUUGGAGAAAUGGGAUGUGCUGCUUCCAGGUUAGAAGAUGAGGAGGCUGUCAAGAUGUGCAGGGACAGAAGGGACUUCAUCAAGCAGGCACUGGAGCAGCGCAACCGAUUUGCAUCUUCUCACAUUGCUUACAUUGAGUCCCUGAAGCGUGUUUCAAUGGCUCUCCAACGGUUUGUUGCUGGAGAUGAUCACCAUGAGCUCAUCUUCGAUACAUUCAUCUCCCCUGUCAAGCAACAGAAGCCAGAGAUGCUUGGCCUGCCUUAUGGUUCAUAUGAGAAGAGAACCAUUCAUGUCUCGAGAUACCUGAGAUCAGGACCUAACCCAUCAGUGUCAGUUGAGGAGCACCCACGACCGGUGGAAACAGUCCGUGUUGAGUCACAUUACCCUAUGGAAAAUGACAGUGGCAUGGAUAGGUUCUUACCAACGCACUCACCGGUAAGAUCGUCUUCAUACUACCCACCACCUUAUAACAGGCCAAGCUACCCACCUGCAUCAGCCCAGGAACCAGUUAGGAUUUCUUCUUCCUAUUACAUGCCUUAUGACAGGCCAAGCUAUGCACCUCCAUCACCCCAGGAGGCACCGAGGACUUCUUAUUAUGGAUCUUAUGACAGGCCAAGCUACCCAUCACCAUCACACCAGGAGCCACAGAGGAAUUCUUAUCACGUGCCGUAUGACAGGCCAAGCUACCCACCUCCAUCACCCCAGGAGCAGGAAUCAUCACCGUGGGACUUCAUCUGGAACCCAUUCUCAUCGCUAGACAGCUUUGCAUAUCCCCGCCCUCGGAGUAGCUAUGACAAUAUGGUCACUGAUGAUGAACUUGCGAGGUUACAACGGGUACGAGAGGAGGAAGGAAUCCCAGAACUUGAAGAGGAAGAUGAUGAGUGUCAAGAGCAUAUACAAAUGCAUGGAAAAGAGGAAAAAGAAGAGCAUGCCAAUGCGGAUGAUGAUGAAGAUGAAGAUGAUGAUGAAGAUGAUGAUGAUGAGGAAUGUGAGCAUUCAGAUGAGUGUAUAGUUUCUAAUGAGGGCACUUGCUCUGUGAAUUUUGAUGCCAAUAUGAAGCAAGAAACAAAGGGAUUUGAAUCCAAAGGUAUUCAGUGUACUGAAGCACCAGAACCUCGCAAGACAGUAGAACUUGAGAUAAAGGCACACAAGAAAGAACUGAUGAGAAACAGAGUAGCAAAUGCAGAAGAAACUCCUGGUUUCACAGUAUAUCUGAAUCGAAGGCCAGCAAGCUUGGUUGAGGCCAUGAAGGAUAUUGACUGUCAGUUCUCGGGGAUAUGUGAUGCUGCUCGGGAAAUCUCAGUAAUGUUGGAGGCAAGUAGAGCUCAGUACUCAACCUCAAAUGAUCUUUCUGUGAAGAUGCUGAACCCAGUUGCACUUUUGCGCUCUGCGUCAUCGCGUUCAUCAUCUUCUCGUUUCCUUCUUGCUCCCUCUAGCUCAAUAGAUGAUCUCUAUGAUAAUGAGACUAGCAGCUGUUACUCUGAAGAAUCUUGUAGUACCAUGUCUGGAAGUCACCACUCUACCUUAGACAGACUCUAUACAUGGGAGAAGAAAUUAUACAAAGAAGUAAAGGCAGGUGAGCGGUUAAGAAUCGAUUAUGAGAAGAGGUUGACACAUUUGAGGAACCAAGAUGUGAAAGGCGAAGAACCUUCCUCUGUUGAUAAGACUUGCGCAACAUUGAAAAGCUUGCAUACUCGGCUGAAGGUGUCAAUACACACAGUUCAGUCAAUAUCAAAGAGGAUUGAAAUUCUAAGGGAUGAGGAGCUGCAUCCUCAGCUUAUGGAGUUGAUUCAAGGGUUAUCGCGGAUGUGGCGCGCCAUGGCUGAACGCCACAAAGCUCAGAAGCGCACCAUCGAGGACGCUAAACUUCUCUUCCUCCAACACCACCCCUCGGCCGCCACUGCCAUCUCCCUUGGUCCGCUAGAGGCUGCAACUCCCCCUCCGGCUGCCUUGGCAUUGGAAUCCGAGAUCCAAGCCUGGCGAGGAGCCUUGGAGACAUGGUUGUUUGCGCAGCGCGCCUAUGCGCGCGCACUAGCCGCGUGGGCGCGACGAUGCCUCGGCAUUAGCAGCGCGGCGCGGCCCAGCCAUCCGCUGCCGCCGGCGUUCCUAGUGUGCUUGGAGUGGGGGCGCGCGGUUGACGCGGCCACUGAGGCACGAGUGAUAGAUGGUCUGGACUUCUUUGUCGCUGGUGUCGGGUCAGUGUGCUCGGGCGCGGCUACCGGAAUGGAGGGCAUGGCUGGGCGGGUGCUGUGUGCUGGCAUGGCAGCGGUCACUGGCGCCAUGGCAGAGUUCGCGGCGGCGUCUGCGGACAGCUAUGACGCAGCUAUCACAGCUGUGAUCACCGCCGCGCGUGCGCCGGAGCGCGGGAAAGAGAACGGCAUCGGACAACUGGAACGCUAG